GCCAAUCAGAUUGAAAUACGGCGAAACAUAUCUCUUCGAACAUAAUAGUUAAUUUUCUCCACAUCUUUCCUGUUUGUCGUCGACCUAUUCCCCACUUUAACCCGCUUUUAUUAUUUCCGGGUUACCGCGGUGGUGAAUUAUUACAUUUGCACGACCGCGGUCACGCCCUCUGUGAAGUGGGAGGAGCAAGGAGUACAUUGUACUAGAACAUUGUUCUAGAACACUGCUAUACACAUUUUUUUGACCGUCAAGGAGGAGAACAUGGCUUACGCGGGAUACGGCGCCCCUAACCCCCACGGCGGUGGAUUCCCAGGAAUGCAGCCGCAGCCGCAGCAGCAGCAGCAAGAUCCACUCUACGGAUACUUUGCAGCGGUGGCCGGGCAGGACGGCCAGAUCUCGCCAGAGGAGCUGCAGCAGUGCCUCACUCAGUCUGGCAUCUCCGGCGGUUACAAACCCUUCAACCUGGACACCUGCAGACUGAUGAUCAACAUGCUGGACAGAGACAUGUCCGGCUCCAUGGGCUUCACCGAGUUCAGGGAUCUGUGGCAGGCGCUCAAUGGCUGGAAAUCCAGCUUUGUGUCGUAUGACCGCGACCGGAGUGGCACGGUGGAGGGCAAUGAGAUGCAGCAGGCCAUCACCUCCAUGGGUUACAACAUGAGCCCUCACGCCAUGAACGCCAUCAUGAGGCGUUACAGCACCAACGGGAGGAUCCCCUUUGACGAUUUCGUGUGCUGUUUCGUCCGCCUGCGCGCUCUGACGGACCAUUUCCGGCGCCGGGACACGUCUCAUAACGGCAGCGCCUCAUUUCAGUACGACGACUUCAUACAGGUGACGAUGAGCAUGUGAGGAAGGACGAGCCUUCCUGCGGUGUUUGUACGGUGGAACCGCCGACGUCUGCAACGCUCCUAAGACCUCAGCUUCUUUUUUUUUCUUUUUUUUCAUGUCACCACUAAAGGGUAUGGCAAGGACGGAAAAGUGUGAUGGUAACCAUAGAACAGGAAAUUGAACUUAACUAGUAUGGCUGCCCAGUACAAUAUUGAUGAAAUAAUUAUAUACACUCAUUUUUUAGCAAGCAGAUGCUAACAUGAAUAGCAUGUGUGAUGGCCAACAAUUAGCAGGAAUAUGAUCAGAAAUGAGUUUUUUUGAGUAAUGACCUAAGCCAGGGGUCCCCAAACUACGCCACCGUCCAAAAUCCGGCCUGCGGGAAGUCCAGAGUUGAAAAAAAAAAAGUUUUAUAUUAAAAAAAAAUUUAUCUGUUCUUUCUAAUUCAUUUUCUAUCGCUUGUUACUCUCUGUGUCUCCUAGCCACUCAGGCAAAUCAUAUUGUCUAAAAAUGCAUUUUCCCAUUGAUAGCAUGACAUCAUCGCGCUCGGAAUAUAUUAGGGCUGCAACUAACAACUAAUUUGAUAAUCGAUUACUCUGUCGAUUAUUACUUCGAUUAAUAAUCGGAUAAAAGAGACAAACUACAUUUCUAUCCUUUCCAGUAUUUUAUUGGAAAAAAACAAUAUACUGGCACCAUACUUAUUUUGAUUAUUGUUUCUCAGCUGUUUGUAAAUGUCCCAGUUUAUAAAUAAAGGUACCGGUAUAUAAAAAAAAAAAAGUAGCCUCUGUGCAUGCGCAUAGCAUAGAUCCAACGAAUCGAUGACUAAAUUAAUCGCCAACUAUUUUUAUAAUCGAUUUAAUCGAUUAGUUGUUGCAGCCCUAAUAUAUAUAUAUAUAUAU